UCCAUCCCCUAGAAAACAUCUUCUUUUCAUCUUGGCUUGUUUUUGAUCGAUCGUCAGUCUACAAUAUGGGGGGUUCUUCACCCUGUGCUUCAUGCAAGUUGUUGAGACGCCGCUGCGCCAAGGACUGCGUCUUUGCUCCUUACUUCCCACCUGAUGACCCUCACAAGUUUGCCAUUGUUCACAAGGUUUUUGGUGCCAGCAAUGUCAGCAAAAUGUUGCUGGAGCUUCCUAUUUAUCAGAGGGCAGAUGCCGUGAGUAGUUUAGUUUACGAAGCAAAUGCAAGAGUAAGAGACCCUGUUUACGGAUGUGUUGGGGCAAUCUCUUACCUACAGAAUCAAGUAUCACAGUUGCAAAUGCAGCUUGCAAUGGCUCAAGCAGAGAUUCUUUGCAUCCAGAUGCAGCAAGAGCCUAACUUACCAACCCAGAUAGACCAAGACGAGAAGUCGCUUCUUUUAUCCAGCAACUUCAAUAACAAUAUUCCCCAGUACCUCGGCUUUGCUUCUUCUAGCACUGUAAUCCAAGACCCUCUUAAGAGAGAGUCUCUUUGGACUUAAUAUUAUCUCCUUGCCUCUAAUGAA